AUGAUCGGCGUCCGCUGCCAGAGCGAAGGCCCACCCGUGCACUCGCGGAAAUUUCAUACCAACGCCACAUCAGCCGAGAUUCAUGCGUGGGCGCGAGCGGCGUGUGGCGAGCCACGAGUCGAGCCCGACAUCUUCUUCGAGCACCGGUCAGUGGUGCCGGCGUUACCGCCCGAUUGCGAUGUUGAGGUCUGGUACGUGGAGCAGGAAAUCGAGGCACUCGGCGCUGUCGGCCGCCUACUCCAGUCCUACCACUGCGGCCUGGUUUUCCAUGUGAGCACCUUGCUGGCGCCUCCUCCGCUCACGGUCUUCACUUUGCAGUAUUAUGCGGUAGACUUCCCGUUCGGCGCUCUUUUCCCGAUCUCGGUGGAGGACGGCGCUGGCCCAGUGUGGAACAACGAGGCUGUAGUCGCCUUUACGCCGGGCGAGGACCCUCACCGAUGGACCAAGGGGCGCUCCCUUGUGGGUCGGACAACGGGCGCAAUCGUCAACGCCCUUUGCGACUGGGUCGUCUCGGAGUUCACGCCGUCGCACCCAGGCUACCAGCUCUUUGACGUGCUCGACGCUCCACAGGCCGGCGGCGCCACCCGCACUUGGGUCUCCGCGUGCGUGUGCGACACCUUUGUGCACGCGUCGCUCCGGCAGCUCCCCUCCCUCGGCGCAAACUUUACAUCCCAACAGCCGCUCUAUCGGAACUACGUGCCGCUCAUCUCCCCCUCAGCGCCAGAGCGGGUCGACCUGAGCAACGCGGGCGAGCGCGCCGCACUCAACGGCUACUACUCAGCUCUGCUCGAGCUCGUGACGCGCGGCCUCGGCGCACGCACCCUCCCACAGCUCCUGCACUGGCUCGCCGAGCGCCUCGAGUACGUGUACAUUCACGACGCGAGAAGCGGCGGCUACCACCGCGUGGAGCUUGCGCCCCCUUACCUGUGCCCGAGCCGCCUCUACCAGCGCAUGGCGCUACCGUGGCAGCCUGGCUCGGAGGUGGUGGAGCCGGACAGGCAGCCGCAGCCCUCGACCUCGGCAUCCGGCAGAAGUGCCGACACGGCCUCGGCCAUGGCUGCCGAUGAGCUGUUCCGCGACCUGCUGUCGGGCACGAGGAGCCUGCUGAUGCGGCGAGGGUACGCCGCCAUCGGUGGCCAUCGGAGGCAGCGUUGGAUGGCUCUCGCUGGCGCUGCUUUAGCUGUGGCGGCGGGCUUGGCGGCAGCUCCCAGGCUGGACGGCGUUGCUGGACUGUCGCUUGGCCUAGCGCUUGGCGCGGCCGCGGGGUUUGUGCUCGGCCGCCUUAGCGCGUCGCCAAAACGCCACCCCCACCGCGAUAACGGAUAA